UUUCCCGCUCCCCUUGCAAGAUGCAUUUCGGUGACGUGAGAAAGGGAUGAAAGAAAAGGGUGAAAGUGUAAUAUUCGAGUUUGAUUCGAAACGAAAUCCUUGACCAUACUUUCGACGUACACACGGGCAGGUGUAUGACAGUUAAAUUCUUAUUCAAAUGUAACAAACGAACGGUACAAGCGAAAAACAUCUGACUUGGAAUAUUGAAAAGAACGAACGAUACGAUUGGCGAAGUGGUACGUGUUUGAACGCGGAGCGUUUCUAUCGGCGAGCAGGGAUAGAAACGCGCAGUUACCAGCGAUCGAGGUGGAAAUCAGCUGGGCCAGCGAAUCUGUGUCAGGCUGGGGAGAUCUAAACUAGCACGAAGCUUUACCCAAUACUCAGUAUUCGGCCGUCCUUCUCGGUAGGUGGUGCGAUACACUCACUGGUUUCUGCACCAUCGCAGUGUACCGCGCGCGCUGUAUCCAGCCUAAUUGUUAUUUUCAUCCGACAACGAGCGCGCCGCGUUUGUUGCGUUUACACAACUUCUUGCAAAUUUUUUAUUUAUCUCGCUUCAACGGAACCAAUUCACUGAACCAAUUUCGUGCACAUGCACGCGUACGCGCGCGCGCACGCAUUUGUGCACACGCACGUACCAACGUACACGCAACGCGUUGCUAAAACGCCGAAGUGGAAGUUGGCGUACGAGUAAAAUGAAAUCGCGGGACGGCGAUACGGCAAUCGCGAAACAACGACACGCAACGUCGUUCAACGUGUAACACCGUCCGCGUGGAUAAUCGAUAAAAUGUGGAGAAAGUGCGAAACCGACCGUUUGCCGAUUCUGCACGUUCGAAAACAGUCGAGCACCGUAUCGAACAGAUACUUCUUUUGGUCAUGACGUAUAUUUGAAUCUCUCCACGCACGAUAACCGAUCGAGCAACGAACCAAAGGGCUCGCCUGUUACGCCUUACCAUUUUACGCGUUAUCAUUGAAAAAAAGAGGGAGAAAGAGGAGGAAGACUUGCCGAGCUACGCGAUUUCAAGACAAUACAACAACAGGUUCGCCCAUGUGAAUGAUAAACACCACGUUGUGUUCGUUAGACAACGCAUUAUCGACGACAUUUAUGACAAAUGGAAGAAGCGUGAAAUACGGUGUACGUAACAUUUAAUUCUAUCUGUCAUCAUCGUCGGUGACCAAAGGAGAGGAGAGCAACUGUAGAGUAAAAAUUGUUAUUUAGCGUUUGCGUGUGGUCGCGAGAGGCAAGAGGCGAGAGGAGAGAUCUGAGACAAGAUGUUCAAUCUCUACCAAAAUUUGAACAAAAGGGACGAGGAGCACAAGGAGCCGGACGUGACCGGGCACGAUAGGUUCUGGCAGGAACGUCCGAGGACACGCCGGAAACGUCGUGCCGUGAAUCGAAGGACACAGAGCGCCAUCGAACUCGACUCCGAGGCUAUAGUCUCCGCCCGUGGCACUCUUCGCCGCGGGAGGAGCGCGAGCAUCGAGGAUGAAGACAGCGACGAAGAGAAAAGCUACCAAUUGACCAACAAGAUCGACAAUCUAGCCAAGAUACUGUUUAGCCGCGUGUCCGCUGCACGAGGUUGCAAGGAUCCCGACGUCAGGAAUGGAAGGCAUAACUACACGGCGUUGGAUCACGGGCCGUCCGUUUGCGAAAAUGUUGGCGAGUACAUGGAAAUGGAAAAAAGAUCGAGGGACCGUGCCUUAUCAAUCUGUCAGGCCUAUAUUCGUAGAACACCGCGCUACAGUCUCGUCAAGCAGCUGAACAAUCUCGGUUCUAGAAUGGACAAACACUGGUUCGUGGUGAGGGAUACCUCUUUAAAAACCGAUCGACUGAUCACGCUGGCUCCGUUGAAUAGAAACUGCUCGCUGAGCAUAACUCCACUGACAAAGAACAUUCUGAACGACUUGUUCUUAGCCUUGCAACAUCCGUAUAUAUUCCCUAUAUUCGAUAUCGACUUCCUCGAAUUCGAAAGUCAAAACUACGUGGUCGUAGUUCAACCGAUUAGUCAAGGUAGCUUGAAGGAUUUGAUAUACGGGAUCGAAAGGACAGGUUGGAACGAGGACUGGAAUCAGAAAUAUGGUUCACGCGGCAAGGGGCUUCCUUUGCCUCAGGUUCAACAAAUGGGGCGUCAAGUGCUGGAAGCGUUGAUUUUUUUGAAAGAAAGGGGAUUUCCAACGGUAAUCCACCUGCAUUCGGGGAACGUGCUCGUUCAAAACGGUGUCGCGCGUCUCGCUGGCCUAGAAAACACGCUCCUCGGUUUCACCAGUCGUAUACAUCCGUUGAUCGCUUCUCGGAUCUCGCAGACCAUCUCCAUCGACAUGAUAUGCUUCGGUCAUAUGUUGUUUGAGAUGUGCGCCGGUUACGAAUUACCAUCGUUCAAACCGAAUUCCAUGCAUCUGUCGGACAUUGAGAUAUAUCCACAAGUCGUCGAGUUACUCAAGUUCAUAUUUACUGAAACGCCUAAUCGUCACAAGAUUGUAGAGGAGCUUCUUGUUCACGAUCUAUUUAGAAACAUUGAUCUUCGUGAAAUGCGGAGUGCCUCCGUCACGAUAUUUCGUCCAACACUAACGCCGCCCAUAGUGAACUUGCUUAAUGGUAUUAAACGACAGAAUGCCAAUAAGAGAGCCACGCAGUUGGAUACCGUCGACAUCGAUGCGUCGUCUGUUCAUAGGUCACACACCGUUUGCAAGAAUUCCUUACUCGACGAGAUAUACAACGAGCUUUCAAACACGGCCGUAUAAUUGUGGGAACAAAGUUUACUUCAUCGUGAUUUUAUCUUUAAUAUAUUCGUAUGUUUCUCUACAGAGUGCCAAAAAAAAAAAAAGAAAAAAAAAAGAAAAAAAAAAGAAUUAUUCCGAUCUCCAUUCCUAGUUACAGUUAUUGAAAUGUAAAAAUAUGAAGAGCGAGGAUGUGUACAAAGAAAAAGAAAGAAGUUAGAAACGAAAAAGAAGAGAUACUAUGGAAAGAGUAAUGAAAAGCGAGAAAGUGAAAGA